AGUACAUGUACAGUAGCCCGUGCUGCACAACUAACUCUCUAGGAAAUAGUUGUUUUUGAACAAUGGAGGAAAUCUAUGUCAAUGUCGAAAAAAAUAAAUCUGUUGCCUCAAGACCUUCAACAAAUCAGACAGGUCCGAGGAGUUCAGAGAGGAGAUUUCAUGGAACUGUUGUUCUCUGUCUGGGGCUGCUGAGUGUUUUCCUGCUGGCUGGACUCAUCGGCCUCGGUGUCCACUAUCAAACUUGUCCUGCAGGAUGGAAGAUGUUCGGCUGUUCCUGUUAUCUCCUCUCCAGUGAGCGUCGUUCUUGGUCAACAGGCAGACAGGACUGCAGAGAGAGAGGAGCACAUCUGGUUGUUAUAAACAGCCCUAAAGAACAGAAGUUCUCCUCUACCAUCACCAAGGUAGAAACAGAGAUAUGGAUUGGUUUGACUGACAGAGAGACAGAGGGAACCUGGAAAUGGAUUGAGGGAAGACCGCUGACUUUAAGCUACUGGGAGACAGAUGAGCCUAAUAAUGGAGGUGAAGAUUCACAGGGGGGUGAAGAGGACUGUGCACAUAUCAGGACUGGCAAGAAAACUGUAGAAAACUGGAAUGAUGUGCCGUGUGGUACUUCUCUGCAUUGGAUCUGUGAGAAAAAUGUUGAUGUGUAAUAUUUAAAAAUACUUUUACAAAGUAAGCAAUGAUUCUGUUCUGCCUUUUUAAAGCAAUUUCUAUAUUUAAAUGAGAAGCCCACAGACACCACCAAAAUCAUAACAGUACAAAAUGCAACAAAUUUAUAAACCUUUACUUGAUUAAUAUCUUAGCUAAAGAUUUCAUGAUAGUUGAAAGCUGCAAAAAUCACAUUUGAUACCUCUUCACGUGGCAUCUGUCAUAUCAAACAAAGUAAUACAGAUUUUGCUUAAUUUUGUCAUACUAUAUCAUCAAGUGACAUAUUCCUGUGCGUAUAGCAGCUUGCAGAUCUCUUUAGCAGAGGCCAUCAAUGUUUUUUAAUUUUACCUGAUAAUUCGUUCAGGAAACAUUUGAUGUUGAGAGAAAGUUAUCAAAUGAUUUUAAGAUAAAAAUGCAAACCAAUACUAUUCAACAGAUGAGUUAAUAUAAAGUCAGGCAAUUUCAGCAUAUAAGCAUUGCACUGGAGUCAGAUGUUUGUCAUUUGUAAUGAUGGUAGUUGAUACUGG